CUACGUCUGGAUACGUCUGGCGAAUGGGCGAAUAGGAACUGUAGGAACAGUCGAGAGCGAGUCAGGGCAGUGCCGUUCGGUAGGUAUACAUAGUGCGAUUGGAAGAAAGUCGUUGACAGGUCUUUAGGACCUGCUGGACCAUAGGUAAACACGUCGUCCCGAGAUCUCAUAGACGCGUGACAGCUGACGCAUUCACGACACGCCCACUGUAACGGUACGUUAUGGAUGACAUGCUAUUUCAGUUGCGAUUCAGCUGCAAACAGCUCGAACGACUCUCCAAAAAAGCCGAGAAAGAUGAGCGAUUGCAGAAAGCAAAGAUCAAGAAGGCCUUGCAACAGGGCAACGUCGAAGGUGCGCGAAUCUAUGCUGAGAACGCCAUCCGCAAGAAGAACGAAAGCAUCAAUUACCUGCGCAUGGCUUCCAAAGUAGACGCUGUGAGCUCCAAGAUCAAGAGUGCCAUGGCUAUGAAGCAGGUCACCAAGAGCAUGGGUGGUGUGGUAAAAGCACUUGACAAGGCCAUCAACUCAAUGGACUUGCAGAAGGUAUCAGCUGUCAUGGAGAAGUUUGAGCAGCAGUUUGAGGAUCUGGACGUUCGAAGCUCAGUGCUUGAAGACGCCAUGGGCACAGCCACAACUACAACUGCACCUACAGCCCAGGUAGACCAGCUGAUCCAGCAGGUUGCUGAGGAGAGUGGCCUCGAAAUGAUCGACCAGCUCAACCAGGCAGGCGUAACACCAGCUGAUACCAUUGCUGCUUCCACAGGUCGCUCAAAGGCCGCUGAGGAUGCCCUCACCCGACGCCUCGCAGCUCUACGUGACUGAUGGCCACUGCAAGUGUGGUUUCUGUGGCCACCUAGAAUUCGCUCAGUGGAGCAAGGUGGAGACAUUCAGGUUGUCCAAUCAUUCUAUUCUGCAUGCUGUGCUUUGUGCAGUGUAGCAAGCCUGCAAUGCUACUGUAUGGCCACCAAUGCAACAAAACAGAAGAGCAUAUUAAAGCAAUUUAUGAUUUCGUAAGUGUCCUGACGGUUUUUGUAGUCAUGCUUAUCUUCACUCCCGUCUUCUGGCCCAUUUGAGUUGCACUAGGUUUACUUUGCUGGAAGAGGCUCUAUCAGCACAUACUUUACAGUUUUUCCAUUUGCUAUGUCAAUACUUUUCAAGUCCUUCAUAUGCAAUGACUCAAGCAGUUUAUUUUACAUGAAAGAUGUUUAAUUGGGUUUUUAACAAAAUGACUAAUUGUAGCUCUCAUUGAUUGCUGCUGUUAGCUGUCUUUGAUGUGGCAUGAGCCUGCUACACUUGCUACAUAAACAGUGUCCACUUUAUUGGCAAUGCUUACUGAAUUCAGCAUAUGUUUAUUGCAUCUGUGUACUGCUCUACAAUGUAUGGAUCACUUCAUUGGUUAAGGCAGAGAGUUCACUGCACUAAACUACACAAGCUGACUGCACAGCAAGGCAAGCUGCAGUCACAAAUGACAGCCAUUACAAUGUCUGUAUUUGUUGACCAGUGAGGACGUUAGACUGUACAUCUAGCCUCUUUAGAUGUGCUUGGCAAUCUAGUACUGGGGAGAAUAAGUAUUUCUUUAAUUAUAUUUUGCCUUCAUAACGACUAAAAAGAGAGUAUCAUCACAAAUUUUUUAGAAAGGCAGCCUUAUUAGCAGACACUGUAUUUGAAAACAUACUUGUGGCAUGUUUUGUUUUUCCUUUGUGUGUAUGCAUAUUUGGGUGAUAUCUUCAUGCUUUCUUGCUGUGGAGUCAAUGCAAGAUAAACUUUUUGUUUUCUAUCUACACACACUGUUUUUGGUGUCUGUUGAUGGAAACUGUAUACCCAUUGCUAAGUGUACAUAUGACUGGUAUGGUUACUACACUAAUAUGUAAUCCGGUGAAUGCAAAAGAGAAAAAAAGUUUGAAACUUGUAGUGGAAGAAGUAAGUGUGAUCAUGUUAGUAUGUGAACUGCUCCAGACAUGUAAUUCACAGACAAGUUCUCUGGCAGUAACAUCGGGUAGCGGUUUCACCUACCAUUGUUGACGGGCACUGUUUCAUUGCUCUGUACUUUUGCUUGAUGGCAUGCUUUUACAGAAUGGGUACCAUUGAAAUUGGAGGCUAUUAUUAUAUUAUUAUAUUAUGACCCAUGAGGCUGAUUCUUUUUGUGGGAAAAGCAUGUUUAUUUUUAUAAUAUAGUGCUACUAUGAGGUGUACUCACAAUGUGCAGUUUGUAUGGGCAUUCUGUGUGUUUUUAGGCAUUAGCACCAUUUUUCAUGUGGAACAUAUAUGUUUACUUUUUCUUGAGCUUUAAUUCCAUAAACUAUCACAGCAUCAUAGCUGUUAAAACAUUGUUAACAAAGGAUAUGAGCAGUCUUAAGAUGGUAGCAAUAAUUUGAACUAUACUUACAGAAUGAAACUGGGAAGUUGAACACCCCAUAGAUGCAAUCACUGAAAUGUGUGAUGCCAUGCUACUUUGAACCUUAUCACUACCGGCAGUGUGAGCUCUGACCUAAGUGCAUGAGCAAAAAUUACACCAAUAUCACACGAACGAGAGACAUUGGGAAUAAAAGUAUGGCAUUAGUUUGCCCUAAAUUGGCAUGUUUCAUUAUGUGAGUAUAGCACUAAUUUUAAUACGUCAGUGAUAAAUUCUUAGGAUGUAUUAGGAAUGUGCAAGGUAGUUUUCAAACUUGUACUAGCACAUCAGCUGGUGUGAAUGUUACAGCCACCACACGUUUGUGCAUUUAUGUGGUAUUUUCCAAAACAUCACACGUUUCCUUUUAAUGUGAAAAGAACUGUGUGUGGUGCAUACACUUGAAUUUGAUGCUCCGUAUGAUUAUGCACAAUUUUCUUGUACAAAAAUAGCACACAGAAAUUUUAGACAAAAUGUUACGAAAUUUUUUCUAAUAAACUAAGUAAGUAGAACAAGAAAAUGCCCUAAUAACAAGUUGGCUCCGUGCAGUGCUGUAUUGGUUUGAAUGUUAUAUAAUACGCAAUGUUUUCUGGUGUAUUUUUUCCUACAUAAAACUUGGUUCAUGUUAUGCGAAACACCUUCACACAAAAGGCAUAAGGCACUUGUAGCAGCAUAAAGUAGCAGCCACAAACUUUUGACUGGUCAUAAUAGCGACUCUUUUCUUUAGACAGCCUUAGUAGGCACUUAGUACUUAGUACACAGGCAUUUUUAUGUUUGUACCACAGACACAUGAAGGUCCUCAAACAUUUCAAGCAUGUUACUUGUUUAAGCAUUGCAUGGCACUGGAACAAAAAUAGGAAGCAUGUUUGGCGAAUUUAAUGUAACAAUGCAAGAUAUUAACACCUUAGCACAUCUUAUAAUCUGUCUUUCACUUAGUGUCAGCCAGAGUUUAUUGGUUUUAGCCUCCAAAAGUUAUGCUUGGAAGCACUAAUUGGAAGGCUGCAAAUUUAACUUCUACCAUGUGAGGGCUUUCUUUAUCGAGCACCAAAAACUUAGUACACAGGCAUUUUCAUGGUUUGCCUCCGUCAGAAUGCUUCAAACAAGCCUGGGAAUUGAAUCCACAGCCUUGUGUAAAGCAGCAAAUUACCAUAGCCACUGAGCCAUCAUGGCAGUUUUUUUUUUUCCUGUUCUUCUUUCAUGGUCUACCAGAUAAUACGUUGAGAAAGUGGCCUUGAAUAGAUUAUCUUCCUAUACAGACUGUUGCAGUACCCUUGUCCACAUAAGAGUUUAAUUGACCAACGUCUUCGUAGCAGAAUCAACAUGUGACAGCAAUUUUAUACAGUAGAUAAAUCAACAUGUAUCACAUCUGUAGGCAGCAUAAAAUGUACACACAAGCAUCAGCAAACCAACAAAAAAUUCAAGGUACAUGACACACCUGCCUAACAUUUGUACAAAGUGAAUGUAGGAUUUCCAUUGCUGAUGCCCCUGAACACUGUAGCUACAAUGGAAUGCAGUGAGCUUUGAAAUUUGUGCUUGGCUUUAAGCCUAUGAUGAGUUUUAUGUCGCUUUGUUGUGGGUAAGUACAGUGUAUCUGCUUCACUUGUCUUAUCAGAGCUUUAAAUGAUGCUUAUGCUGUACAUACUGUAAUUAAAAUAUGUCAUGCACUUCACAA